AUGACAAGUGUUUUGGGACGUGCGACUGCCGAACAAUUGGAUAAGAGGCUUGGAUUGGGAAUGAAACAUGUUGCCUGUGAAACUCGAAUCACUGGAUAUUAUAUGAAAAGACAUUGCCGUAAAGUCUUCCACUCUUCGAUGAGAUGCGAUUUGGAAGGUAAGUGGAAUCUGGGAAAAAUUCAGAGUCUUGAUCUGCAAAAAAAUAAACUAGACGCAAUUUUUUCCAACCGCAGAGUGUGUGUCAGAUCUCAAAAACUUCGACAUUCUCCAGGCCUUUUCUCACCUCACCUCAGAGUAAACUUUGAAAAAAUAUUUGCAUUGAAAAACCAAGAAAAAACGUUCAAUGACGUAUACAUUUAUUUUUUGGGUAGGUAAGUAGUAGAAGUAGUUCUCAUAAAUUACUCAUUGUACUUACAUACAAAAGGCCUCCGCCCGAAUCGCAAACAAAAAAAAAGUACGCGGUUGUAUAUUUUUUGAAGGACUGAAUGGACUGUAAAUCGGCACUUUGUGAUUAAUACAACAUGUUUUUUUGUUUCAGAUUCUGAGAAAAGACGUGUUCAAAAAAUAGCCAAAUUGUGUUGUGAAGAUGCGACAAGUUGUGAACCAACCGAGUUAUUUGAAGAAUUUUGCUGUUUGGAUGAUAAUUGUGGCAAUGAUUGUAAAGUGGUGAGUUGCUCAAAAUCCGGAUUUUGUUUUCUAAUUUUUGGUUGUUUUGUGGUUUUUAUUUUAGAUCAUUUUGUUGUUCUCAAAUGAUUCCCAAAUCCGAUUUAUUUUCAAAAACAAUAUUUUUUUUGCUAAAUAUUUAUCGUGAAUUUUUCUAGUGGGAUGAGGCAUCGGAAGAGAUCGAAUUAUCAAAUCUUAUCCAUUCAUCGGACGAAUAUUUUGAAGAGAUUCAAGAUAAACUAAUCGCCAAAAUGAAAAUUGGAAUAUCUGGAGAACUUCUACCAACAGAUUUGAAAAUAUAUAGCAAAGAAAAUCACAUGGAAUUGAUUGAUGAAAAUGAGGAAUUGAUUCGAAAACACUUCAAAGCUCAUCGAUUACAAACAGCACAUUUAGCCAAAAUUCUUAAUUUGAUGUAG